AUGGGGUCAACAGAGUCUGAUGUCGUGAGCAAGGCCGAGGCAAUUCUCGCCGCUGCAAAGAAGUACAAUGGCAAUCGUCAAGAGAGAUACGAGUUGAUGAAGCAAUUGGAUCUUUUGUAUCUGGAGUUGGAAGAUCCUGUGGAUGCACUAAUGAGACAAUGGACAUUUAUGAACACAUCAACGUCUUUAGAUGUCAUGGUCAAGAUGGGAGCCUUCGAAAAAAUGCCUAAACAAGGAAGUAUCACCGCUGAAGAGCUUGGUAAAUUGAUCAAAUUACCUACUGGUAUUGUCGUUCGUCUCAUGAGAAUGCUCACCGGAACUGGUGUCGUCGCCUUGACUGGUGAAGAUACCUACGCGCAUACACCAAAAUCAAUGGCCUACCUCGAAGGCGCCGCUGUAGACUUCUUCAACUUAUGUAUCAACAUGCGAGCCUGUUACUUCAAAUGGCCCGAAUACUUCAAGACCAAAUCCCCAGAAGACCUAGUCGACCUCCGCAAAACCCCCUACUCAUUCGCCUACGGCCGCGAAGGUCUAACCUUCUACGAAGUUCUAACAGAAAACCCGGAACGCUUCAACAUGUUCAACAAAGCCAUGAUGCAGCAAGAAGCCGGUCUUCCAAUCCUCGGCAUGUUCCCUUUCAAAUCGCUAGAAGAACAAGUCAAGGCCGAGCCUGACCGUGCUUUUAUGGUUGAUAUCGGUGGUGGACGUGGUCAGGCACUUCUUGCUAUCGCCAACGAGACUGGAAAUGUCUUUGGUAUGAAUUCGAAAUUGAUCUUACAAGACAGACCGCCAGUUCUAGAUUCCGUACCUCAAGAUCUUCUUCCUGGCGUCGAAAAGAUGCCUUAUGAUUUCUACACCGAACAACCUGUUAAAAACGCACACAUCUACUACUACCGCCGCAUAAUGCACAAUUACCAAGACGACGUCUGCAUUUCCAUCCUCAAACAAGCCGUCGCCGCCAUGGGACCUACCUCGCGUCUCCUCAUCGCGGACCUCGUUAUUCCCGCCCAAACCGAGGUCGGCGAGGAUAUGAGUCCGUAUUGGAUGGACAUGGUGAUGAUUGCCAUCGGCGGCAAGGAGCGGAGCGAGAAGGAAUUCAAGCAGCUACUUGAGGAUGUGGGGUUGGAGUUUGUGAAGGUUUGGAGGGAGGAGGGAGGGGGGCAGGCUGUUGUUGAGGGACGGUUGAAACAGUGA